AUGACUAACAAAUCAGUUAUGCUUCUGAGCCUGGUGGUUCUUCACAGCACAUGUACACAUGGAGAAACAACAUGUAAGUGGCAACGGGUGGAAGAAUGGCAUCCACAACCCUCAUCAUAUGUGGUGAAUUGGACACUAACAGAAAACAUCUGUAUGGACUUGUAUGGAGACUGCUGGUUUGGGGAUGUAAAUACAAAAAUGAACACUUCAGGCAACCGAGCUGUUCCCCAGAUUUGUCCUCUGCAAAUUCAAUUAGGAGACAUCCUUGUAGUAUCUUCUGAACCAUCUCUUCCAUCUCCAGAAAUAAAUUUGAUGAAUGUUUCUGAAGUAUCGUUCAUUAACUGUCUUCAAAAUACCACAAGUGAAGAUCAGUUACUUUUUGGUUGCAAACUAAAAGGAAUGCAUACUGUUAAUUCGCAGUGGCUGAGUGUUGGGACACAUUAUUUUAUCACAGUAAUAGCCAGUGGCCCAUCACUUUGUCAGCUGGGACUACGACUCAAUGUGACGGUGAAAGAGCAGGUUUGCCAGGAAUCUCAGAGUUCACAGUUUUGCUCUGGGCGUGGUAAAUGUCUUAGUGAAGUUUGGAGCAAGACAUACAGCUGCCAUUGCCAGCCUCCUUUUUCUGGAAAAUACUGCCAGGAACUUGAUGCAUGUUCUUAUAAACCAUGUGAAAAUAAUGGCAGUUGCAUUAAUAAAAGAGGAAAAUGGAAUAAGCAAGGAUAUGAAUGUAUCUGUCACCCACCAUUUGCAGGCAUAAAUUGUUCAGAAAUAAUUGGCCAGUGUCAACCACUUAUCUGUUUCCAUGGGAAUUGCAGCAAUAUUACUGCAAAUAAUUUCAUUUAUGAACGUGAUGAGCCAUUUUCAGGUCCAUCCUGUGAGAAAUCAAUGGAACAUUGUGUUUCUCAGUCUUGUUGGAAAGAAGGUAUUUGGCAAAAUAAAAGCUCUGCUUACAUCUGUGAAUACCCAGAAGGAGUUUUCAAUCAAAGCUGUGAAACUAAAGUCAAUAAGUGUUCAUCAAUGCCAUGUCAGAAUUAUACUGACUGCAAUGAUAUUCCAAAUGGUCUCAUGUGCUUCUGUUCACCAAUAUUUAUAAGCAAUCUUUGUAAGAGACUUCAAACACCACACAAGACAUUUCCUUGCAUGAAUAAUGCCUCCUGUAUGAAAUAUGAGAAAGAUCAUCAUUGCAGUUGUAUGCCAGGAUUUACUGGAAAGAACUGUGAGAAAGUAACUGACCACUGUAGACAGCUCAGCAUCAACUAUCUGAAUGAAGGAUGGUGUUUCAGUAUAAUUGGAAGAUUCAGAUACGUAUGCUCUCCAGGGUCCCCAAGAAGUUUAUGUUGGUCUGUGAAGAAUAUUUGCUUAUUUCCUCUGUACCCCUGUCGCUGUGGAGCCAUCAGCCAUGAUACUUGCCAAGCUGAAGUUCCUUGUCCUCCCCAAUUUAAAUAUGUGUGCCAUAUGGCUGUUACAGGAUCUGAAGGUGAAAAAUGUGAAGUGACAUCUAAUACCUACUUCUUUGUUGAUGCAAACUGCACUGACAAUGUAGUGUAUGAGAACAAAUCUGAAGACCAUGAUUAUGUAUGUUGGUUCCCAUGUGAAGGAACAAUGGAGAUGUGUGCACAUGGAUGCAACUGUUUGACAGAAGAAGAAAAUAAGGGAUAUUGGUGUUUAUGUAUUCCCAGAUGGCCUGGCAAAAUGUAUCUGGAAAAUACCACUGACUAUCAAGAAAGUGGGUGUCAACAUGAAGCUUCUUAUAAAGAUGAAAUUAAUAGAUACAGAAUACAGCAAGAGAGAGAGUUCUGUGUUCUCAAUGGUGAAUCUUGCUCAGGAAACCAGAGCACAUCAGUGCAUGGCCUCUGCCUGGUCCAUUUGCAUAAUUCCAACUGUAGCUGUCAGCAAAGAUGUGGAAGAAACAGCUCUGAAAUAGGAGCUGACGAUCAUAAAUCUGUGCCUUGCAAAAAUGGAGCGACCAGUACACAUUUAAGUGGCUAUUUCUUCUGCAAAGGAGUCCCAGGAUUUACAGGCAAGGUUUGUGAAAUAGACAUUGAUGAAUGUGCUUCCAAGCCCUGUAAGAAUUGAAGUGGAGCCGACUGCACUGACCAACCUGGUAAUUACUUCUGCCCGUGUGUGGCUCCAUUUAAAGUGGUUAAUUAAUUAUCCUGCUUAUGCAGUCCAGGCUAUGCUGGCCUGAGAUGUGAACAGGACAUUGAUAACUGCAUUCUGAAUGCCUGUGAGCACAAUUCUACAUGCCAAGAUCUGCAUCUCAGCUACCAGUGUGUGCCCCUAUCCGGUUUGGAAGGAAAUUUUUGUGAACAAGAAUCUGAUGACUGCAAAACGAAUCCCUGCAAGAACAAUUCCGCCUGUACUGACCUUUAUAGUAGCUAUCACUGUGAAUGUACACCUGGAUGGACUGGAUAAAACUGUACUGAAGAAAUUAAUGAAUGUGACUCUGACCCAUGCAUGAAUGGAGCUCUUUGUCAUGAAUCUACCAUCCCUGGGCAAUUUGUGUGCCUUUGUCCACCUUUUUUUACUGGAAAAUUUUGCCAUCAACAUUAUAAUGUCUGUGAUCCACUCAAUGACCCUUGUAGAAACAACUCAACAUGCUUGACUUUGGUAGAUGGAAAUCAUUAUUGUCUUUGCAGAGAAGGAUUUGAAGGUGAACACUGUGAAAUUAACAUGAAUGAGUGCUUCUCCUUUCCCUGUCAGAAUUACGGAGACUGCAAAGAUGGAGUCAAUAAUUUCAGGUAUGUUUGCAGACCCGACUUUUCUGGACCCCUAUGUCAACUUGAAACUAAUGAGUGUUCCUCUAAACCUUACAAAAGUAAUUGCACCUGUGUGGCUCUGACAAACAGAUUUUUAUGUAAUUGUGAACCUGAGUAUCAUGGAUCUUUCUGUGAAUUGCUUAGAAACGAAUGUGGAAGAUCACCUUGUCUAGAUGAAGAAUAUUGUGUCAACAGAACUGAUGGAUACAACUGCCUUUGUGUUCCUGGUUAUACAGGCCUCUCCUGUGGAGUAAAUAUAGAUGAGUGUCUGUCAAAGCCCUGCCUUCAUGGUAGAGCUGUGCCUGAUGGCAUCAGUCAUUAUUCCUGUGUCUGCAGAAGUGGGUUCCUCGGAAUACACUGUGAAACAAAUGCAAACAACUGCCUCUCAAAUCCUUGCCUGCAAGGGAGAUGCACAGAUUUCUUUGAAGAGUAUCAGCGCUCAUGUGCUGCGGGACAGACUAGCUCAAGACGUGAGAUCAAGAUUGAUGUCUUUUGUAAUGUGAUGAUGAAGCCAGAGAAGGGGACGUGUUCUCUAGUCCUGAGAUGUCUUCCUGGAUUUUCUGAUCAAUUUUGUGAAAUAAAUAUAAAUGAAUGUUCAUCAUCAUCAUGUUUAAAUGGUAUAAACUGUGGCGAUUACAUCAUUGGAUAUAUUUGCAGAUGUCAACAAGGAUUGUCAGGAUGUCACUGUAAGAAGGAAUGUGACAUGUGGAUUCUCAACUUACGUGUUCCUGGAACGUGCACAGAAAAUGCACCUAGUUUUGGCCCUACGUGUCUACACAUACCCAGAUUCAUGACCUACUCCAUCGAGCUUCUUUGUGGUGAUAAAAUAAGAAUUACCUGUUUACCUCCCAUCUCUCAAAGUACAGAUGCCAUUUCUACACAAACAUAUAUGAUACCCACUUCUGAGACUUCACUCAGUAGCUUUCCAUCUUCAAGGGCUACAGGACUAUGGAUGAUAAUAAAUACUUAUACAGAUGAUCAAGGUCCCAAACAGACAGAUAUUUCCAAGCAUGAUGUUCUCCCAACAGCUAGUUUGGCAGCAUUAAAUAUUGGCAUAUCUUUCCAAAACUAUUUACUCAAAGAACUGAUUUCCACUAGAGAGCUUUCAGCAAAACACAGUCUUCCUUUUUCCACAGAUGUUUCUUCUUCUCAAUUUCUGAAUUUUGGGGUUCAUGGCCUAGAACAGAUUAUCUGGGGCAAAACAUCUGUGCCACAUAUACCCAUCCAAACUUCAGCAACCACACCAGGAUUCUUUUUGCCCCAAAAGAGAGAGAAGACCCCAUUUAUCAUCCCCUCCUUGAUGACAGAUUUUAUUUUUCCUGUACAAUCUUUAUUGUUUGAGAAUGAUCCAACUGAUGCCUUAUCUGCUACCACAAUGAGUUCAGUAAUUACUGGUUUUCCAGGGGAUGAUAUUGAAUUAAACGGACACUCAUUGCUCUCCUGUGGAUUCCUGCUCACAACUGAUUCCACAAGUGCACCUCCAGUCGACUCUAGGAUUACUCAAGAAGAAAUUGAAGAAUAUUCAGCUGUUUCCUUAAUUUCAGGAAGAGAGAACUGGAAAUGGUUGAGCUCCUCAGUGUCUCCCAUUUCUCCUGCUAUGAUAAUUAUAUCCAAACAGGUAGCCCUCUUAAAGUCAUCAGCUUUCUACCAAUUCACUACACAAGGCUCCAUUCCCACUGAAUAUCAGGUUAUUACUAAAGCAUCUAGCAACCUGAGACUCACAAACACCGAAUCACAGGCUGCUGAUUCUCUAAGUGAAGUAAGUCAAACAUGUGCAACAUGUUCUAUGACUGAAAUAAAAUCCUCCCAUGAAUUCUCAGAUCAAGCUUUGCAUAGCAAACAGUCCCCCUUUUAUGAGACAUUCUGGAUGAACUCAGUGGUAUUAGCCAGCUGGUACGCACUAAUGGGAACUCAAACUAUCACUUCUGGGCAUUCGUUUGCUUCUGCCACUGCAAUAAUGCCAUCAGUGGCAUUUACAGAACUGUCAUUUUUAUUUUCUUCUAAAAAGAGUGAAAAGAGAAGAAUUUUAUCCUCAUGCUUAGAAGAAUCUAUCACCCUAUCAAGUAACUUGAAUGUUAAUUUAUGUUUGGAUAAGACUCGUCUAUCCAUCGUCCCUUCACAGACUGUCUUUUCAGACCUGAUGAAUUCUGACUUGGCUUCAGGACUGAUUACUACUGGUGAUUGUUCAGCAUCGGAAAGCAUUUUAAAGCUACUGAGAAUGGAACAAAAUGGUGUAGCUACGGGCCGCACCGAGAUACUGAAUCAGGACCACUUACUGGGCAUGCAGGAGAGUAAAGGAUCUCAUAAUCUGUUCAAACUUCACACAAGUGAUGGUUCUCUAGAUUUUGAAUUAAGCUUACAAAGUCAUCCAGAAACUACACUUUCAAGUGACCUCAAAAACAACCUCCCACCGUACAAAGACUUAAUGACUGAUUUUUCAGAAGUAACCUCGAAUGUUGCAUUUUAUACAGUUUCAGCAACAGUACCAAUGCAGACUUCUUUCCCCAUGUCUGAAUUUAUGCCAGAUUGGGCAGAUUAUACAGGAGACUUGACCUUAACAUCUGACUUAAAAGAUGUCAGGACUCCUUCAAAAUGGCCCAUCUGGGAACUUCAGCCCAGCAUGCAGGGUCUCAGAUCCCCUGCUCCCAGCCAGAGGCUUGCAGCCACAAGAUCUCUUACUUUGUCUUCACUGGAGUUCAUUCCAACAUCGCGUCAGCUGAUGAUGUCUGAUUUCAGUUGUGUUCGCUAUUAUGGAGAUUCCUAUCUAGAAUUUCGGAAUGUGCUUUUAAAUCCACAAAAUAACAUCUCCCUAGAAUUUCAGACCUCCCGCUCCUAUGGCCUCCUGCUCUUUAUCGGGCAAGACUCCAAUUCAGUGGAUGGAUUUUUUGUUCAAUUAUUUAUUGAAAAUGGUACUUUAAAGUACCACUUUCUCUGUGCUGGUGAAGCAAAAGUGAGAAGUAUUAACACUGCUGUUAAAGUGGAUGAUGGGCAGAAAUAUACACUGCUUAUCAGGCAAGAAUUGGAUCCAUGUAAAGCCGAACUGAGUAUUCUAGGGAAGACUGUAGCAGCAAGCAAAUCUAUCAGUCACGGACCUGGAAAAACCCUGCCAGAAUCAGGAUUGGUCUUUAUUGGUGGAUUUCCAGAUCUUCAUGGAGCAAACCAGAUUUUGGGACCAGUCAAGAAUUUUACUGGCUGCAUAGAAGUUAUAGAAAUCAAUAACUGGGAAUUGGUCAUCCCAUCGAGGACAGUGAAGAAAAUUCAUAUUGGCAAUUGCAGAUCUGAGGACUCUACUCUGUGGGCAGCAUCCUCUUUUGUUGCUCCCACUGGUGCAGCAGAAGGAGCUGAUUCCUUGCGGACCUCCCUCAGGCUCCCUGCGGCAGCACCAUCAGCGUGCCAGGAGGAUAUGUGCCACCACAGGGGUACCUGCCAUCCUGUCUUCCUCGCAGGUGGUAUAGUCUCAUUUCAGUGUGACUGUCCACUGCAUUUCACUGGCCGUGCUUGUGAACAAGAUGCAGGUUUAUUUCUCCCAUCUUUCAAUGGGAAUUCCUUUUUGGAACUGCCUUUUCUUGCAACCCUGGAUAAGUUGAAGUUUGUCCUGGAGAACAAACAUAACAGAACUGUUACGAUCUACUUGACUAUAAAAGCAAACACUUUGAAUGGAACUAUUCUCUACAGUGAGGGAAAUAAUUUUGGACACCAGUUUCUUCAUUUAUUUCUCAUGGAAGGGAAGCCCACAUUUAAAUAUGGAUGUGGAAGUCCUCAAAAUACCUUGACUCAUUCUGCUAAUUACAGUAUCAACACAAAUGCAUUCAUCCCUAUCACAAUUUGCUACACGGUGCCAGGUGGCAGCCCUGGGGUUGCCUGUAUGGUUGAAAUGACUGCAAAUGGAAGCCCCCCAAUGCAGAAGACAGACACAGAGAUACCCCACGUCUCUCAGGUACAUUUUGAGUCAAUGUUCCUUGGCCAUAUUCCUUCAAAUGUUAAGAUCCAUAAGAAUGCGGGCCCCAUUUACGGGUUCAAGGGCUGCAUUAAAGAACUUCAUAUAAACAACCAAGAAUUCCUCAUCACUGGCGAAGCUCUGCGUGGAAAGAACACUGAGAACUGCCAUGUCCCUUGGUGUGUCCAUCACCCAUGCCACAACAAUGGCACCUGUAUCGGCAAUAAUGAAACCUGGUUCUGUGAGUGUCCACGGCCGUACUCAAGCAAGCUGUGCCAGUUUGCAACUUGUGAACACAACCCGUGUGGAAACAGUGCCACCUGUGUUCCUGACUCCGAGACAGAUGCUGCCUGCCUCUGCCCGUAUGGGAGGUCUGGACCGCUCUGCGCUGACGCUAUUAAUAUUACCCAGCCCAGGUUCGGCAGCACAGAUUCCCACGGAUACACUUCGUUCCUGGCUUUUUCACGGAUCCCAGACACCAUCUCUGAUUAUGAAUUCCACUUGAAGUUCCAGCUGGCAAACAGUCCCUCGGCACUAGAAAAUAACUUGAUAUUUUUCACUGGACAGAAGGGCCACGGGUUGAACGGCAAUGACUUCCUGGCACUGGGUCUGCGCAAUGGCAGUGUGGUUUACAGUUAUGACCUGGGAUCUGGCGCAGCAAGUAUCAGCAGCGAUCCCCUUGAUCUGAGCCUCGGGAUCCACACGGUGCAUCUGGGGAGGUCCUUCCGAGCUGGAUGGAGGAGGGUAGAUGAUCGUAAAAAUAAAUCCACCAUCUCACCGGGAAGACUGGUCGGUCUCAAUGUCUUCAGCCAGUUUUAUAGUGGCUACAGUGAAUACACUCCAGAACUCCUACCAAAUGGAGCCAAUUUUAAAAACGGUUUUGAAGGCUGUAUUUUUACUCUUCAAGUUCGCACUGAGAAGGAUGGCCAUUUCAGAAGCCUGGGGCACCCUGAGGGCCACCCCACUGCUGGGCGCAGCAUUGGCCAGUGCGAUGUUUCUCCUUGUAGUUUAAUGAAAUGUCGCAAUGGUGGGACUUGCACAGUGAGUGGAGCUACUGUUCGCUGUGACUGUCCCUCUGGGUGGAAGGGAGCCUUCUGCACGGAGACAGUCUCUACCUGUGACCCUGAAUAUGACCCUCCCCACCACUGCAGCAAGGGAGCAACGUGUGUCUCGCUGCCUCAUGGACACACCUGUUACUGUCCUCUGGGAACCACUGGGAUCUACUGCGAACAAGCUUUAUCUGUAAGUGAUCCGUCUUUUAGAAGCCAUGAGCUAUCCUGGAUGUCUUUUGCUGCCUUUCAUAUUCGAAAAAAGACACAUAUUCAGUUGCAGUUUCGUCCUCUUUCUGCAGAUGGUAUCCUAUUCUACGUUGCACAACACUUAAAAGCACAGUCAGGUGAUUUUUUAUGUAUCUCUUUAGUAAAUGGUUCUGCUCAACUUCGCUACAACCUUGGUGACAGAACAGUCAUUCUAGAAACAAUCCAAAAAGUAACUACUAACGGAAGUACUUGGCAUGUUAUUAAAGCAGGAAGAGUGGGUGCAGAAGGCUACCUAGACCUGGAUGGGAUAAACAUAACAGAAAAAGCCAACUCUAAAAUGAGCUUCCUGGACACAAAUACUGACUUCUAUGUUGGAGGAGUGUCAUCCUUACAUCUUGUAAAUCCGAUGGCAACAGCAAAUGAACCCAUAGGUUUUCAAGGUUGUGUUCGAGAAGUUAUUAUAAACAACCAAGAGUUACAAUUAACUGAAUUAGGAGCAAAAGAUGGCUCAAAUGUAGGUGACAGUGAUGGGACAGCCUGUGGGUACAAAGUGUGCAAAAAUAGGGGUGAAUGUAUAGUAAACGGCACAACUUUUUCUUGCAGAUGUUUGCCACAUUGGGCUGGAAAUACGUGUGACCAGUCCGUGUACUGUUUGAAUAGCCUUUGUCUCCACCAAUCUCUAUGUAUACCUGAUCAACCAUUUUCUUACAGUUGUCUGUGUGCUUUGGGUUGGAUAGGAAGGUAUUGUGAAAACAAAACUUCACUUUCAACUGCAAAAUUUAAGGGUAAUUCUUACAUUAAGUACACUGAUCCAGAUUACAGAAUGAGAAACCUUCAGUUCACUACUGUAUCCUUCAAUUUUAGUACUACUGAAACAGAAGGCUUAAUUGUAUGGAUAGGAAAAGCUCAAAAUGAGGAAAAUGACUUUCCGGCAAUUGGUCUCCAUAGUCAGACCUUGAAAAUAGCAGCUAACUUAGGAGGAAGCUUUUCUGUGCCUAUGAUUUAUAGUAAUGGUGCACUCUGUUGUAAUAAAUGGCACCACAUAAUUGUAAUUCAAAAUCAGACUCUUAUUAAGGCCUUCCUAGAUGACCAUCUAAUCCUCUCUGAGGAUACUGGUACACAAAAAAAAUUUGUUGCUCUAAACUAUGAUGGUAUUAGUUAUCUAGGGGGCUUUAAAUAUGGUCGAAAGGUAAAUAUUGUUACUCAAGAGAUCUUUCAAAGAGACUUUGUUGGCAAAAUUAAAGAUGUAUUUUUUCAGGAUUCAAAGAAAAUUGAGUUAAUUAAAUUGGAAGGAUACAACAUUUAUGAUGGAGAUGAACAAAAUUAGGUUAUACAAACUCAUAUUGGCAUACUAAUAUACAAAAUAUUUAUGUAAGUGUAGUUAUUUUCAGUUAUUUCUUUGGACCAUUGUUUACUGGAAAUGGACUGUAGACUUUUACUUGAAAUUGUGUAAAUGCUAACAUAUCUUUUUUAUAACCUUUUAAAAGUAACUAAAGUUUUUGGGGUUUUUUCCUGUAUCCAAUUUAUCUGUAUGCAUGUUGAUUCCUAAAUUUUCACUCUAAUCAAUGCAUUUAGUGCUUAUACACCUGUUAAUUGUCUUUAAAUAAAAUUGAGAUGAGAAUGAAUUAGUGAUCUAUACAAUGAAAAGUAAGACAGUCAGACAAAAGUUAUUAAAGGAAAAGUAAAAAUUAAGGUAGAAAGGAAAUACAGCCAUGUUCUGUUACAUGGCUCAGCUAUGACUAUUUACAUAAUAGCAAUAAUGUGAGAUUAGAAUAUGGAUUUAAGCCAAAAAUUAUUGCAUGAAUGUGGGAAGGCAGAAGGUAGAGGAAGUAGAGUUGGCUGGUGAGAGCUAAAUCUUGUCUUCCACAGCAUGUCCUUAAUAAAUACUGGUUUAACUUUAAAAAAAAAGUAACAGCAUAAACAUAAUACUUCUAAAUAAGAAGACAAAUACCCUAAGAAAUGUCUAUUUUAAUUGAAAAUAGUUGCCUCUGGAAAGAAUAGUGCAAACACUAUUGGGCUUUGUUCGUGAACCUUAUGGAAUUACUUACCUUUUAAACCAUGUACUUAUGUAACUGAUCAAAUUUAACCAUUAAACUUCAUUUACACUUACCUUUUCAACUCUACAGGUCUCAAAAUUGAGCUUAAAACAGGUUCUAAAGAAUGCCACCGAUACAGUACCAACAUCUGUACGAUUAAGUGUUAACUGAGAAAGCCCAUUUUGCUCAAACACCAGUUACCGACGUGACUGUGAACAGCAUUUUCACCGCCACCCCAACUCCACCACUGCUGACUGAGAGGCAGGCAUCUGCUAGUGUUACUCAGCAUUUUCAGAGUUUGAUAUUCAAGACAAUUGUUUCACCAAGAAAGCAACUGACAACACAUGACUGACCAAAGCACUAACAGAAUUGAGCAUGUGGAGGGGAAAAAAACCCAAAACUGAGUAAUAAGCAUCAUGUAAAGUUUGAAAGGAAAAAUGUAAUUAUUUGAUGAAGACUUUACAGACAAGAAGACUGGUGCACAGUUAACUUUUCAAUGCUGUUAAUAAGCAAAACUGCCUAUGCAGAUUCUCGCUUAUACAAAGAAACUAGUAAGCUAUUUGUCUCUCUCAUAUGAAGAAUUUUACAGAAAGCUAUAGACAUUCUUGAAAGGUCCAAGAACCAAAGUUAAGAACUGUGGCACUAAUUGCCCCCAGACUAUUCCUAUUAUCAUUAGAAAGUGAGCAAAAUGUAAUGUGUGGUAGAAAUGAAGAAUGUCUAUACACUGAACCAAGGUUGGUUUGUUUUUUUGGCACAAACCACGCAACACACCCAGUCCACUAUUUCCUGAAAAACUUCAACCUACAUUUGUUUUUUGAUCCCUAACAUUUCAUUUAACUUUGGACAACAUUCCAAUCAUGAGGUAACUGCUCUAAAAAAGAAUUCCUUUGGUAGCUGAUAACCAAAUUUAACUUCUAAAUAUACACAUGUAAAGAGGCAAGGAUGCUUUCAUGGAAGAUUACAAAAGCUUCAAGGAAACUCUGCCUGAACCACAUGCCACUACGUUAUGCCGCACGUCCUCUCAUAAUAGGGUGCCUUUCUUUACGGCAGCACUUCCCAAACUGUAGUCCAAGGAUCUCUGAGCCCCCUGAGAUCUUUUCACUGGGUCCACAGAAUACUUCCUUUCCCAAUAACAAAUCUAUGUGAAAACAGAUUUUCUUCAUAUUUCAAACGAAAUGACAGAUUUCAAAACACAGAAUGCAGACGCAGAAAAGAGAAUCUGCUUAAGUCACACACUGGAGAUGUGUAAAAAAUGAAAACAAUGACACUCUGCUUACUAAGUUGAUAUAGUUUAGAAUAUAUUUUUCAGAGAAAAUGUUAUAGUAACACAUAAUUAAUUAAUUUAAUUAAUUAAUUUUUAUUUAUCAAUUAAUAAAAUUAAUUUAAAAUUAAUAAAAAUUUUAAUUUAUAACCUUUUAGUUUCUUGUGUGCUAACAAAACUCCUUAGGGUUCUCAGUAAGUUUUAAGAGUGUAAAGGGGUCUUGAAACCAUAAAGCUUGAGCAUUGUUGCUUUAAAGCUGCUUCUCACAGCUGUAAUUUUACAUUGAGAUGCGAUCACUUGUCUCCUGCGCUACACUGCAAGGUCCGAGAGAUUGAGGCUAAGGGCAUUGCUCGCCGUUGAAUUCCAAGAAUCUAUCAAAUGCCUGCAGGAUAGACACAAGAUGUAUAAGAACUGAAAACUGCCACCUUGGGAUUCCCCUGUAAGUCAAAAUGACUUGAUGAAUUUUUUUUUUCACUUUAAAAUCCAAAUUUUCUGAUGGCAAAUUAUCAAAAUCAUUUCUUUUGGCUAUCCUAGUGAUAAUGGUGUUGCAGAUUUCCUAUGUGAUAUGUCUUUCCAGCAAAAAUCCAAGUAAUUGAUACAGAAAGGCCUUUGAGAUAACUUUACUGUAAAUGUCAUUAUGCUUCUGAAACAGUAUUGAAUGUAAACAUGACAACACUUUUUAAAAAUAAGGUGAAAUAAUUAAUCCAGGGGAUAGCAAUGAUAUUUUCUUUUUGAAGAAUAAGUUGCUGCAAAAAAAUCAUUACUUUGGGGAGAAAAGCACUUUCUUUAAAAAAGGAAUUUUAAAGGACAGAUAUACCUAUAUAUCCAGAAAAGUAAAGGUAUUGGGGGAUAU